AUGUCGUUCUUCGGGUUUGAUACAACCCUGCCCAGGGACAAAUCUGGAGGUGCGAACAACAAGGGCAUCUUUGAGCACACGAAUCCAUUCAGCGAAGUAGCCAAAGCUCGCAAAUUACAAGCCUUCCAAAACAAGGAGGAAGAUGUCCUUGACUUCGAUGAUACCUACGAUGGUCUCGGCGACCGACUGGAAGAAGCUGGCGAUGAUCUGAACGAUGACACCUUUGGUGGAGGUGCCGAGGGCACCAACGACCGAGGCGGGAUAGGAAAAGAUUUUGAUUUCUUCGGCAACACUGCGCAAGUAUCCAAUGUCAUCGAGGAAGAGGCUAUGCGGUUUAAUCUACAACAUACUCCUCGAGAGGCUGCGCCCGCUCAACCGCCCAAGCCAAAGAAGACUGGCUACGAGAAGUAUCAAGAUCCAGGUUACAUUCCGGAGAUCCAAGCCAAGUCAAGUGCUUGGACACAAGCUCAGGCACAGGCCCAGGCACAGGCGAGCCAGCCUGAAGCAUUCCGCGUUAAUACAGCAAGAUUCGCAGCUCCCGCUCCAGCACAAUCUCACCCUCAAACGAUGGCACCACCGUCUGGAACGAAGAUGAUGAGUUUGGAAGAAGUCGAAGCUGCUCUCCUCGCUCAAGGGCAGGCGGCUCAGGCAGCUCAGGCAGCUCAAGCAAUGCACUCACCGUUCCCUCAGCCUCAAGGGUACCCAUUUCCUGUCCAGCAGAUGCGGCCUCCUCAGCCGUACCCGCCCAUACAGCCGCCCAUGCAGCCGCCAAUGCAGCCACCGAUUAUGCCAAUGGGUCAUCAACAAGGCCCCCCGCCACCGCGUGCGGGUAGUCCUCGACGACACAACCGCAUGCCUUCGCAGCCUGUUCAGCCCGUGCAGCCCGUGCAGCCAUCGCAACUCCGACCUGCUCAACCGCCUCUGCAAAUUCUCCAGAAUCCCAACCGACCUCGUCACUCGCCGCAGCCCAGCGUCGACCGAGCUCAAGGAAUGCCACCAUAUGGCCCACCACCAGGCGUAUCUCAUCCUCAACUCAUGGACUUGUCCGACGAACAGCGUCGGGCUUACCUGGAGGAAGAUGCGAAGAGAGCCAAACGGAAUCAUAAGAUCUUCAUGCUAUCCAAGGGGAACGGGUUGAUGACCCCACAGGACAAAAACUUCAUCACCCGCAUCCAACUGCAACAGCUUGUCACCGCCACUGGAACGUCGGCCGACCCGAACCCCGAAGCUGCUUUGACCGAGGACUUUUACUACCAGGUGUAUAGUCAAAUCCGGGGAGCUCCAAGGCAACAUCCUACGCAACCUUUGGGACAUUUUGCACAGACCUAUCUGUUCCAAACCGGUAGUCGCACAGGCGGUGGAAGAAGACAGCAUGCCAAUGGUGACAAUCACAUGCAGAGAAUGCAACAGCAGGUCCAGCGGGCUGUCGAGGCUGCCAAACUCAAGCCCAAGAACAAGCAACUCAUCAUUGAGGGGAGCUUGGGCAAGAUUUCCUUCAGCAAUGCAAAGACGCCGAAACCGCUCCUGAACAUCAAGCGCCAAGAGAGCUCCGACGCUCGGCCGGCAACCGCCAAGAAGGAGGUCAGUGCCAGCGACCGCAAGACCAUCCUGAAGAAUAUUGAGGCGGUCUAUACCACUUUGAUGCGCCUCGAGGAUCAUGAGCGGACGAUGCCCCCACCUCCGACUGAAGGUGACGCCGAUUCCAUUCAAGCCCAUCUGGACUGGCGGCAGAAGAUGCAAGAACUGAACUCGACGCUGUGGCAGGAGCUGAAGGUUCUUGAUCCCAUCGUUCCCGGAGCGGCGGUCCCCCACCCGUUCAUCGCUUUUCUCUCCUUCGCGAAAGGCAAGAAGGCUAUGCCUCGCAUCUUCCGUCUGAUAGACCAGGAGCAACGGUUGACCAUUUUGACCAUGAUCGUGGUUCAUCUUGACCAACUCGAUGUGACCAAGGAUGCUCGCCUGGCGCCCGGAGAGACCCAACCACCUCCAGCGGUGCGCGAAGAGAUCGAGCUUUUCUCUCAAGCGGUCAUGCCGUGUCUGUUGCAAUAUGUCAACGAAGCUCCCAUCAACAUUGUGAUUGGAUUGCUUGGGUUGUUGAUCGACCAGACCAACAUGGCAACGGUCGCGAUGACGAAGAUUGGGCUGGGCAUGAUGACGAUGCUGUUGACGCGUGCCGAACUCCUCAAAGAAUCUGGCGCGGUGUCUGACCCGGAGUGGCAACAAUGGACAUCGUUAUAUAACCGUCUCUUCGAUCUGUUGGAGCCUCUUCUGGGCUCGCUCUUCCCGGGCCCGGUGAACUCUGGAGACGACAUGUAUAUCUGGCAAUUCUUGGCCACGAUUGGUAUUGGGGCCAGUCCUGAGCAACAGCAAAGGCUGGUGAUUGGAGUCAAGGACCGGGUCAUGGAGACGGUGCAACAAAGCAAGACGUUACCUCCGGAGAUGGCCAGUGUGCGCCUGGGCAACGUCAACUUGUUCAUGAGAGCCAUUGGUCUCGACGUGGAAAUGCUGGGCUAG